CGACUGAUAACUGAAAAGAAAGCAUGGAUGGACUGAUGAGGCUGCUGCUCCAGCUUCUCCUUGUUUGUACGCUAAAAUUUACACUUCCCCAACGCUCUCACUCCCACUACUCCCUUCUUCCUUCUCUCUCACUCUCGCUUUCUCUCUCUUUCGCUGUCUCGGCGAUGGAUGAACUCUAUGGCCUCCAUUCUACUGCCACCGACUACUCAGUAGAUAACUAUCUGGUCAACAAUUACGCCCACUCCUUCCCGACUCCGGUUGCCGGUUUUGGCGACCGGAUACCGCUGUUUAGACCCGACCGGUUGUUGUCUGGUUCCGUGUCGUCUGUGGUGUCCGAUGCCGCUUCCAUGGUGGCUGAGAUUCAAAGAGGAGGAACGGAAGAGGAGGUUUCCGGUGCAACCAGAGCCAAAAUCGCUUCCCAUCCUCUCUACCCUAAGCUUCUCCAAGCUUACAUCGAUUGCCAAAAGGUCGGAGCACCGCCGGAGAUUGCUGACGUGUUGGACGAAAUUCGAAGAGAAAGCGAUCUUUGUAAGAGGACAUCAGCUGCUUCCACUCGCUUGGGUGCCGAUCUAGAGCUCGACCACUUCAUGGAAACUUACUGCGAUAUAUUGGCAAAGUAUAAAUCGGAUCUCGAAAGGCCUUUCGACGAAGCGACUUCGUUUUUGAACGAUAUUGAAGUGCAACUCAACACUCUCUGCAAUGGUGCUUCCAGAAUCUGCGUUUAUGAUGAAGUAGAUGCAUCAUCUGAGGAAGAUGUCAGCGGAGGAGAGACGGAGGAGUGCCAGCGGACGGAUGAGGAUCGUGAAUUAAAGGACAAACUCUUGCGUAAAUAUAGCGGUUAUAUCAGUAGCCUGAAGCAUGAAUUUUCAAAGAAGAAAAAGAAGGGAAAGCUACCUAAAGAAGCAAGGCAAAUCCUACUCGACUGGUGGAAUAUUCAUUACAAAUGGCCAUACCCGACCGAAGUGGACAAGGUUGCACUGGCUGAGUUAACAGGCUUAGAUCAGAAACAAAUAAAUAACUGGUUUAUAAAUCAAAGGAAGCGUCACUGGAAGCCGUCGGAGAACAUGCAAUUCACAGUUAUGGAUAGUAUCUACGGACCGCUUUUCCGGAAUGACUAAGGUGGGAUCUUGUGAUUUUGUGUUUGUAUAUUCUUGGACAUGACCCUUUGCUAAUGCCUAACGAAUUGCCUAGCCACUUAGUUUUAUUACAACCCUCUACAUUGUGGUCACUAAAGUUAGUUUUGGAUGCUAGCGUGUGCUAUACAAUAGAGAUUUCGAUUGUUCUCCAUUUAUUAGAAUGGGGCUAUUGCAUGUAUAUCUGAGGUGUCCAUCAAUGUGGUGGCAACUGCACUCAUCAAAAUUGAAUUUACAUGAUCACCAUGAUGAGCACAGCUAAUGUUUUCCUUUUUGGUCGAAUGAUGAAUACAAUUCAACAAUUCAUAUUC